AUGAAUCUUCAAAGAAUUAAGUGGAGCUUGUUCAUGUUUACAAUCUUCAUCUCUCUUCUCGUGUUCUCUGCUCACUUUUGUCUGUUUGGUCGGCGACUAUGUAUGAGGUUUCCGAGAAUAACAACGGAAUCGUCAAAGCUGUUAAACACAUAUUCACCAUCAAUAUCGUCAGAAUAUCCCUCGGAACACGAGGAAGAUUUCCUUGUGAUUCCAGGCUUAAACCAGCAUAUAUGGGAAAGCAACUGCUUGAGCAACAUAGAAACACUCUGUAAUUUUCCAGUUUUUCCGAAUGCGCCAGACAAGAGAAAUGUUAUACUAAGCACUGAAAUUCUGACCGAAUCUUAUAGAGCCGCCCACGAUGGUCAGCGAUUAUUUGGUUACCUCCUUCCAAAUUUAACCGGUGAAUAUUAUUUCGCUGUGUCUACAAAUGGUUACGCGGAAAUUUGGCUUAGCUCAAGCAAAAAUUGGAAGGAAGCAAAAGAAAUACUGUUCUUGAGGCCAUUUGACUUACAGUUAACACUUGGGCGGUUGGAUUUCAAUGCAUCAAAGAAGCAGAUCUCCAAAGGUAUUCGUUUGAAAGCAAAGAGGAGAUAUUAUUUAGAAAUCGUCUACGCACCCGGUUCACCGAAUAAUAUUGACAACAACUUUAUUCAAGUUGCUUGGAAAAGACCGCGACAAUCCAUUUUUGAGAUUAUUGAAAGCAAUUUUUUAUCCUUGUAUAAGAAUGACAGCGAGAAAUGGCAGCUUCAUUUGUACGACGAUGAAAUGCCGGGGGCUCUCCCAUGCAGGGCGAAGAAGCACAGUAACUACAGAAACAAGUACAUGAAAUCUGAGAGUUUUCCCUAUUUAAAGCAUCAAAACGUGCAGAGGACUUUGAAUUAUUGCAAUUAUAGGCCUAGUUAUCUUGUUAACCGCGCGGAAUUAUUGUCGUUUGGUCAGUAUUACGGAGUCUAUAAGUAUACCCGGAAGACCUACAGUUAUCAGUUCCCCAAUGUUGAGGGAAUCACCAGGGAUCCUGGGCGUGAACAGGAGUUUAUAGCUGAGUAUCCAUUAGAUAAAAAUGAGGUUUGGUCCAUAGUCAAACGGUAUAUGACGGCCCUUAGGAAGGCCUAUAAAGGGUAAGUGACAACAAUCUCUGAACCUUAAUGUGAUUUCGCUUUUUUAUUCGCCCAGGCCUCGAAACCAAGUCGGACUUUUAAUUUGAACCAAAAUCGGUCUAUUCAAUCUAGACUCUGACUCGGAGAAUGAAUCUAUUGAUGGGUUUCUUUUAUGGUCCAGGGCCCAUUCUGGUAGCUCGAAGGCUAUGCUCCCCAGACCGCGGCACACUUCCCUCCAACGCCAUGAUACCAGCUAUCGUUUGUUCUUUGAUUAGCCUGAGAAAACAGCCGACAUGACGACAUGAUGACGUCAUUUCCCAGAUCUGGGUAGUGAUGCGUCAUCAGUAUGGAUUUCAGUUCUGCGUUCAUUUUUCAGGCGUCAUUUCGCGCAUUUCAGUACUGGUGGCGACGCGAAAUGUUGACUGUUUUCUCCGGCUAUCUUUUUUCUUUGAUCAAUUUUUUGAAAUUGAAGAGCAGAGAAAAGAGUGCAAAAACAACUCCGGAGGAUUUUCGCCAGAUACUACCCCUUAAAACUUAAAGAUCACACAGUGUUUUUCUUUCUAAACGCCAUUUUUGCUUUUCAGAAAAUAUGAACUCGAGUCUAUAAAGCACGUUGAGAAGAAAGAAGACCCUGGGAAAGGAGGGAGAUACUUUCUAGAACUUGUUGUUAAAGAUCUUACCGACGGAAAAAGAUAUAUCUUAGCAGAAUAUGUCUUUCAACCGAAUGGGAGGAAUAUUCCAUUGUGUUACCCUGAGGGGCUACAGUGGAACAGAACAGCAGAUGUCUACCUGAUUCUCACGGCCAAGAACCUGGGUCGGUGGAUUCAUCAUUUUAUAAAGAACGUUGAAAAGAUUUUUCAGGAAACGAAAGAUGAGCAUUUACACGUGGUUAUAUACGACUUUGACAGCCCCGAUAUCAAUUUAAAGCAGGCUUUUGAAAGAACUACCCUAAGGAAUUACCAUUAUAUCAUUAAGCCUGGAAAGUAUUCGCGCACUCAUUUAGUGAAGCUGUAG